CGCCGCAUGGCUCGAAUCUAAACGGCCAGAUCUCUCUCGUCCUGAGCUAAGUUCUUUUUCGACGCGACUGUCGACCACCUUCUGUUUCACCACGAUUGUGAUUCGAUGCUAAACUGCAAAAGUGCGAAGGUCACAAAACGAGUAAGCGUCGUGGAUCAUCGUCGAAAGUAACAAAAGGGGAAAAAAAAUUUAAAGUGGACAGAGAGCAGCUGUAGCGUUGACUACGGUUUAGUGGCGAGAUUGGCUUUUCAUUAGAUUAUUAAUGCGGCAGCGCCAAUAUUAAUUGGAUUCGGUGGAGGUGACAUCGCAUGUCGCAGUGGGUGUUGGAGGAGGGUGGACUUUUGUGGGCAAAGUAAAGGGCUGGAGCAGCUAGUCAGUGACUCAGUGGGUGUUUGCCGGUGGUUGCCCACCCAUCACGAGCCCGAGGACGCUCCAGAAAUCAAAAACUUUCCUUACCCAACAAAAUCCUGCUAAAAUUGUGGAGGCCCUUGGCUGGGUAGCGAGUGGGUAACUUUCGAGGGUGCUCGAGUUUUCAUAAAAGACGAAAGCGCUGGCUUUGGCAGCUGUCAGUGUUGUUGACUCUGUAGAUGCUGCCGCCGGUCGUUGGAUCAGAGCUGACUUAAUCUGACGGUCGAUGGCUAAAGUUGGCUGUUCUAACAUAGCACGUGAUACGAGGGAGUGUCGGACAUGUGAAUAGAGAUAGUGUUUCUAGUUGAUGUACUUUUGAUACGUGCUUACAUCGCAUCCGUCCAAUCUAUCAUAUUGGAGGUUGGGGAUCACCGUCCGAUUCCGGAGGCAUAACAUUGAUUUUAUGCCCAGCUUUUGCCCAUUUAAUUUGUCAUAAUUACCAAAUGCCCGCCUUCACUCUUGUUAUUCCGAUCGCAGGCUCGCAGCUGUUUGCCUGGUUUCCUUUGCCUUUGAGAGCUAUCUUUAGCUCUCUGAUCCGUUGCUGCUUUGUUUCCUUGUCCGCUUCUUGAGCCAUCCGAGAAGAUCUGCGCCGUCGUGCUCCGCUUCUCUGCUUACCUCUUCACAGGACGAUCGUUCGUUCGAGUUCGCUCGUGGUCGCCAAUGUCGUACGUCGAUCGAACAUUCUCGAUCUCGGAUGAGGACGUCAUGAUGGAGGGCGCCUACGUCGUCCACCACCGCCCGCCCAUAAAAGAGGUCGCCCUCUCCGUUUGCCUCCUUGUUUCAGGCGUUCUAGGCAUCGCCUUCGGCAUCCUCAUGGCUGCCGAUCGAGUCGGCGGAGACCGAACUCACGGUGUUUUCUUUGCCCUCCUCGGGUCGGUGCUGUUCAUACCGGGGUUCUACUACUCGCGGAUCGCCUACUACGCUUACAAGGGAUACAAAGGUUUCUCAUUUGCUAACAUUCCUGCAGUAUGAGGGGACAAGAGGAAGCAUUUAUGGCUUCGAUUAUCAUAGGGAUGAAAAAGGAAACAAAUCUUAUCAGAUAUAUGUUUUUUUUACUGAGUUUCUUAUUGUUUUAUAAGAUUUUCUCCUAUUUUCGGAUAAAAUAAUUCCAGUCGGAUAUGCAAUUUUUUUGUUUGUUUGGUAACAAAAACAACAAAUGCCAUUAUGAUAGUCAUAAAAUAGUUGAUGAUAUAUUUCAAUCUGAUUCAAUCUAUUGCGAACAUGUGCAUUCACAUCAAUUUUGGAAGAUGACAAUAAGAUUAAAAAAAAUGAAAUAAUCGCUGGCUUGUAAGGGUGAUACAAGACGGCAAUAUGAUGUUAGAGUGAAGUGUUUGACUAAGAAUGACGACGAUAGCUUGAUGUCAAAUUUCAAAGCAAUGACUGUUUGUCGCCCACCAAUCUAGCAUUUUUCUACGACAGAAAUACCCAAGGCUGACGCGUAUCACAAGUUGUCUUUUAAUGUCUAGUCAUCAUCAACUCACUUCUUAUGAAAAUCAAGUAAGUAAUGAUCCGAUAAUCUAAUAAAUGUUACAUCAGAGUGGCCGUAUGAUCUCUCACUUUUGCUUUCUUUAAUCCUUAAAAAAACUUCCUUUCAAUUUUCCGCACUAACUUUUGACAUUGGAGUCGUUUACUCGAGUUCCAACAAAAUUCAACGUAUUUAAUUUCAUCCAAAUGCAAUGAAUUAUUUUCCUUUUGAUAACAAAAUUUUAUCAUCUGCUCUCGUUGAUUCCUGUUUCCUACUCCACAUCUGA